AUGUUGAUGAAGUUACAUUUAAUGCCAUUAGUUAUUCAAAAUGAUGUGGAAGUUGAGGAGCCAUUGGCAUUUAAUGCUAAUCCAUUAGUUAUUCAAAAUGAUGUGGAAGUUGAGGAGCCAUUGGCAUUUGAUGUGAAUCCAUUAGUUAUUCAAAAUGAUGAUGAAGUCGAGGAGCCAUUGGCAUUUGAUGUGAAUCCUGGUGCUAUUCAAAAUGAUGUGGAAGUUGAGGAGCCAUUGGCAUUUAAUGUGAAUCCAUUAGUUGUUCAGCAUGUUGAUGAAAUAUUACCACCAGAAAAUCAUCCUUUAGUUGCACCACCAGUUAUUGAAAGAUUGCCACCAAAUGGUAAUGAUUCUCCACUCUCUAGAGAAGAGAGAAUGGCAGAGAAAAUAUUUAAAGACCAUAAAGAUUAUUUUGAGAACGAAAUCAAGAAAACCCUCAACUCCAGAAGAAAUUUUUGCAAAAGUAAGAAGAAAAUUGAAUCAGAUAAAACACAAUUAUAUGAACGUUUAUCAAAAGCAAAACUUCAUCUCUACGAAGAAGAUUUCGUUACUAUUGACCGUGAAGCAACACGCUAUUCACUUAAAGAUGAUAAAAUCAAAGCUUUGUAUGAAACUUUAAGCAACAAUACUUAA